UCCUUCCUAUUGGUACCAUGUCUCGCUCUGACUCUCACUAAUAUCCAACUUUAUUUUAUUUUUCAAACAGAGGGAUAUCCUACUUCUAGUUUCAUUUUUCAUAAACUGGAUUUUUCUACAGCCUGAGAAUUCAUAAAUGGAUGAACAAGAUAACCAAAGCCAAUCUGAGAUCAACAGCUAUCGUUAUGAUAAAGAAAUGAAUGGGAACAUGUUGGACUUGAACAAAAAAAGAAAGUUGCAGGCUGAGCAACUGAUUUUACCUCUCUCAAAGCAUAAUUGCUGGGAACAUCGCAUAAUUUUCAGGCCAGUUUUGGUGUUGGAAGAAAACCGAGUAGAAGACGGCAUGAUCACACACUUUAUUCAAGAAAAUGCUAGAGAAGAUGGUUCAGAUCCUGAAUCAGCAAAGGAUAGCAAUAGUUUUGUUGGUGAUUCUUCUGACUCUGCCAUGUCUGUACAGGGUGAAGCAAAAUUUGAAACAAAGGUUUCAAUUGGGCCUUCCACUUCAUCUUCAGCAGGGACGGAAGGUUCCGGAAGAGACGAAAUGGCUUUUGUAGCAGGGAAGCAAGACCCUUACCUUCAAUACAAUGAACUACAACAUCCGAAUGUUGGCGAGCACACUGGAGAAUUCGGAAUGACUUCUGAUUAUAUGUGCUCUGAACAUGGUAAUGAGGGCAUUGAACUAUAUACAGAUAAAGAUCUUGAAGAUAUUUUCUUUUCCAACCCGGCCGAUCCAAAUACGUUUGUCCUGUCUUCAGGAAGAUGGCCUGUUAACCAAGAAGCUGAAGCAGGCACUAUAAAACCGACAAUCGAUCAAGAAUUUGAGCAGUAUUUUUCGAUGCUCAUGCUGUAGUAGGGAUCCCUUGGUUGUAUGUAUAAUAUUUAUAGGUAAAAACUUGUAGUUGUAUCUCAUGUAUAAACUCAAGUUGAAAUGAAAUACGGCUUCUUGUUCAUGCUUAUUGAACAAUCUUAA